AGUAAUGUUACCAAAAAUUUUUGAAUAUAAAAGUUUCCCAAAAAAAAUAAUAGAAUUACCACAAAUAUGUAUCUCCACCUAGGGCUGGCAAUGGUACACAAUUCCAUUCCAACCAAUUCAUGUACCAACCGUACCAAAUACGUUGGUAUACCAUCAAAUCGGUAUACGGUACACGGUACAGUAUACCGUACCAGCUUCAAAAUACGGUACAGUAGGUGGUACGCAUUUUCCCUCUACCAUGGUAUACCGUACCUACCGACUUAUAUAUCCAUUUCACAACCCCUCAGUUAAUCUCAACCCUCCAUUCAAAAGCUCCUCCUUCAAAACGAUCGAUCCCUAUCUACUCAUCUUCACAUCUCAAACCUCAAACCAGAUCUGGAUUCUGGCCAGUCCCGACCCUCUCCUCCGCCCUCUCCUCCGCCCUCGACACGAGUCACAACGACAUCCCCUUGCUCAGAUCAGCGUCGCCGCCGGCGCCCUCACCCUCGCGGCCUCGACCUCCCCCUCCUCCUCUCCGACUCCACCGCUCGAGGCCCUAUUCAAGGAAAUUCUUUCUUCCUUUUGUGGUAGACUAAGUGAACUAUUCAGCAAGCCUUCAGUAAUGGAGACAGCAAAGACUCUUAAAGUAGUUCUCCAUGAGUUACCAGGAGGAGCUGAGGCUUUUGAGCUCAUAACAAGGUUUUGCUAUGGCAAUGGCAGGGUUCAAUUGAAUCCAACCAACACUUGCAUCCUUCAUUGUGCUGCCCAUUUCAUGGAUAUGAACAAGGAAGGCCUAAUCAAAGAGACAGAGAAGUUUGGACUUUGGCAUGUUCAAUUUAUGACUUCGUAUUCGCAGGAGAAUUAUGCUCUUUUUAACUUUUUGUAA